UUCGUCUGUCAGUUGUGGAAAAGACGUGGAAGGGUCGAGACGUGACAAAGAGUUGACUCUUCUAGUCUUCUAAUAGCCAUUUUUCCUAGCAAGUAUGGGCAGUCUGUCGUUUUCAAACUGACAGAAAUACACUGAAAGAAGGCCAAUUUCUUUCAGUAUUAAAACUCAUCAUUUGCAGCCACAAUCGAGUUUUCACCUUACUGAGGAUGGAUUGGGGUGUUGCAUGGCGUAAGGUGUUUGUGUGAGAUGUGAACUUCCGGUCGAUGUUUGCCAAGCAAAACGAACAAGUGGGACAAGCCACCAAAUAAGAGACGACAACGCCUUGACAUCUGAGUUGUGAUGAAAGGUGUAGAAAAAAUCACCUAUCCAAUCAUUGUCAUCCUGGCAUGGUGCAAAACCUUAAAUCAUGUGGAAGCACAAGGCAAUAAAAGAAUUAGUAUGGCUCCAACCCCUCUCAUUCGUGGUGACCACGAGAGCACCGAAAUGUUCGGACGUUAUAUCGAGCUGUUCUUUGCAUCAGUUCCACGGUCCAAUCUCUCAGAUAUCCGAUUCCAUUGGCAAUAUCCUCCAGUUAGGCUCUAUUCCAUCCCACCUGAGUUUCUGGAUCAACAGUCCCUAAUCAAUCGAGUUGACUUCAACCAACUACAAGGAAUGAUAGCUGAUCCUUUUGAAGCCAUAUUGGAAGGAAUGAGACAUGUCGGGCGCUCUGAUGAUCUUAACGCUCUUCAAGUGAAUGUGGAACGUAUGAAGCUGGAACUCGUUCACAUUUUGUCCCAACCAAGGAGUGUUGAAACCCAUCCCAAGCUUAGGGAACUAAUUGGUGGUUACCUUUACCAGACCAUGGGAACAAUAGGUCUUCUCGUGGGCAUGCAUGACUUCAAACAUGAGCUACCGAUCCGACAAUAUGCCGAACAGUUUGGCGAGACCCUGGAGUCCGUGUUUGAAGAAGGCACCAACGUGAUCGGGAUCUUACCGGGAAAGUUUUUUAACUCGGCAAUGGACAGACCCAUUAUCGUUGGGGCCCAUUGGGAUGUGGUGGCAAAUACCAGUGGUUUUAAUGACAAUGGGUCGGGCUUGACCACUUUAAUGGAGGUGGCUCGUGUUGUGACAAUGGCACAAUGCUUCGAGCAAGACUACUCCGUCAUAUUUGUGGCCUUCGACUCUGAGGAGGUGGGCUCCAUUGGUAGUUUGAAAUUCAUUCAACAAUACGUCAUGCCCAGCAUUGAUCGUGGAGGCGCACAAGUGCAAGCCGUAUUUAUAGUGGAUACAAUUGCCAAUUACGACCCAAACCCCAUGCAGCAGGACAUUGACGAAUCCUGGUGGGAUGUUGCGCCCGACACAGCCCACCGAGUUCAAAAGAAGGGCCUUAAAGGCGAUUUUGUGGCGCUGAUUGGUCGCAAUCUCACAGCUGAUCGAAACGUAAUGGACCUGUAUCUGCGACAUUACAACAACACCCGCUUUCCAGUGGAACCUUUUGAAUUGAGUCAUUUGCCGGCAUCCAAGUUUCCCUCAAAGAAAGAACUCGCUGAUCAUGGCUACUUCUGGCUGAGUGAUAACUCGAGAUUUUGGUUCUACAAAGAAAAUGAUGCUCACACUACGUUUCCAACGGUGUUGCUCACAGAUACAGCAUUUAAAAGAGGAUACAUGCGAGAAUGCUAUCAUGAGCCAUGUGACGACAAAACAAACCCUAACAUCACCAACCAAGGCUUUGACUUCAUGGCCAAUGUAGCCCAGGCCUUGGUUUACGCUAUCGUGGAGAUGAGUAGCCAAUCCAAGUCACAAUGUCAAAUUCCAGAGUUUGAUAUUCCACAUUUUGAAAAACAACCAAAGCAGCAAGUUGAAACCACGGCCGCUAACCCAGAAAUGAGUCAUCUUAGCAAGCCGACUCAAAUACCCGUUGAAGAUAGUUUGGAAUAUUUCGAUGGAGCUGCGAAUCAAAUGGAUCACGAUGUCUCAAACACACUGGAACAUUCGAUGUCUGAAGAUAUGCUCCAAGGUCUAAGUAAGGGUCAAGUUCAGGCCCUAUUUUUGAAGUUUCUCAAGCAUGCCCAGCUUGACGAGGAUUUGAUUCCAUUCAAGAAGAAGCCCUCUCAUUGGUUUUCGGCUGAUAACUCGCCAAACGUUCGGUACAAUAUUGGCACACAAAUCAAUAUCGGCUCUUUGAAUUUGGGUUUCAGCAGUGGUAAAGAACAACAAACAGAUUCACAUUUAUAUCAAGGCAUUGCCGAAAACAAACCAGACAUUAUCUUAGGCUCAAAAGAUGUCAAUUCGAAUGUUCUCUCAAACAUCAUCCAAAGCUACUACAAUGCCCAAGCUUCUGAGCCUGCCACGGAUCGACGAGCCUACCAAGGAAAGUACAAAAAUUCGCCAAUGAUCAUCAAGCUCGUGGAACAAACAUCAAAAUUCACGGAAGAGCUUUAGUAGUUGUCAAACCAUCUUUGAAUACUGAAUUCGAUAGUGCCAUGUUUUGUACGCAAUAAUCGUUCUUUAUGUGAAGUAAAGGAGUGCAAUCAUCCAAUGAUUCGCUAUGCUUUUCUUAUAA